UAAUGGAAGCAAAUUAAACACCUGCAGAUUACAAAUUGCAAGGUGAUAUAUUUUAUAUACCUGUAAAAAUUAAACAAAUCCCUUAUUUAAGAGUAAAAUCUCUUUCAUAAUAGAAACAUAAAAAAAUGGAAUGAUUACACUUGAUUGGUUGGACAGGAAAAAUUCAGAAUGUUCUUAACAAAUAUGAUUAUUGCACAUAGUAUGCAGUUUAAAUUAAAUCCGUUUUUCAUUAUAGAUUUUUUCAUUUUAAAACUGAUUUACACCAUGG